AUGUCCAAGCCGUUUUUGAGACAUUUUGAGCAAGGUGUUUUGUCAUCCAACUAUGAUUUGGCAAAAGAUGCUCUCAAUUUGGCUGUCAGAAACAGUUACUGGACAAGUUCUCGUGAAAGAAUCAUGAGCCAGUUUGUGGUAUACCAGACUGAAAAAGGCUCUUCUAAAUCCGAUCUUGGAAUGAUUAUUCCCCAGGUUGUGCCAAUGGGAACGAUCACGAGAAGAGCUGUGGAGAACACAUGGCUCACAGCUUCGAAUGCCAAGGCUUCAAGAUUAGGAUCGGAACUGAAGGCCAUGAUACAGGCUCCACCUGGAUACUGUUUUGUUGGGGCUGAUGUCGAUAGUGAGGAGCUCUGGGUUGCGUCCCUUGUUGGUGACUCUGUGUUCAAAAUACAUGGUGGUACUGCUAUUGGAUGGAUGACUCUCGAAGGAACAAAGAAUGAGGGUACAGAUUUGCAUUCCAAGACCGCCAAGAUCCUUGGAAUAUCUAGAAACGACGCCAAGGUGUUCAACUAUGGACGUAUCUACGGUGCCGGUGUCAAGUUUGCCACGUCGUUGCUGAAAAAAUUCAACCCUUCUCUUUCUGAAGAAGCUGCAAGAAAAACGGCUAUCGAACUUUACGCGGCCACCAAGGGAAUGAGUGAAAAGGUUUCCAAGAGGAAGAUGUGGUUUGGUGGUUCAGAAUCAAUUGUUUUCAACAGAUUGGAGACAAUUGCGGAGCAAAGCCAGCCAAAGACACCUGUUCUAGGAGCUGGAAUCACUUCUGCGUUGCAAAAGAAAAACCUAAAUUCGAACACGUUCCUGCCUUCAAGAAUCAACUGGGCUAUUCAGUCUUCGGGUGUGGAUUACUUGCAUUUGCUGGUGAUCUCGAUGGAGUACCUGCUGAAGCGGUACAAAUUGGACGCCCGGUUGUCUAUCACUGUUCACGACGAGAUUCGGUACCUUGCCAAGGAAGAGGACAAGUACAAGUGUGCGAUGGUGCUUCAGAUUGCUAAUCUGUGGACGAGAGCGAUGUUUUGCCACCAGUUGGGCAUUGACGAGGUUCCGCAGAGUUGUGCAUUUUUCUCGGCCGUUGAUAUUGAUCAUGUGUUGAGAAAGGAGGUUGACCUGGACUGCCGUACGCCGUCGAAUCCGACCGCCAUUUCGCCUGGUGAAGCGUUAUCGAUCUAUGACCUUCUAGCGAAGAAGGAGAUCCAGGAGUUGCUGGCCAGCGUGGACGAAGACAAACUCUUGGAGUACGCUGUUCCUCAAGAAGCCAAACCUACAGAGUUGUUGGAUAAAGACUUGAUAGGCCCAAACAAGUCGUUAUUUAUCAAAAUGCAGAUUGCAACGAGCCAAAAGGAGUUCAACGAGCACAAGAACAUUUUCCUGCGCAAUAAGAGACGCGGAACCCAGUCGCUAGACGAGUAUAAGAAUACUUACGAGAAGCAAGAGAUUCUCCAAGGGUCCUUCGGCGAUGUGAGUUUUGAUGCGAUUCAGGACAUGAUUGAUGGACUUGAGAUGUACAAAGAAACUAAGAAGACCAAACAGGCCAAGAAGACUGCAAAGGUGAAUGAUGAGAAAACAGAGACCGAAUUGGGGAGUGAGCCGGCUGUUUCAAAUGUUCCGGAGGAAGAGACCAAAAGCGAGAUCAACUACCCAUUGAGAGAGAUGACAAGGUUCAAGCCAAAACACCGUCCGAUGUUCAGAUGA